GGGCAGGUAGGUUUCGGGGGCGUUCCGCGGUUGAGAGGCAGUUAUGACUGUGGUUUAGGAACGUUCUCUUGGCUGUCCUUUCAGGGGGCAGAGGGUAACUCUGCAGGAGAGCUAGCUUUGCGCGGAAGAGGCCUCAUUCCCGAGAUUACGCGUAACCCGGCUAAGCCCCAGCCAAGUGACUGUCCGCUCUGGAGGCCUGGCCACAGCACCGGCUGCUGGAACUUCUGGAAGACCGCCUUCUAGCCACCGAAUUUAAAAUAUGUCUUCUCAGAGAGCUGUAAGAAGUUGGAUGUAGAAUUGCUUCCAUGAUUGACUUCCUAUACAAAUCUGUAGUUUCCUGAUUCUUCUUCACAACCUGUAAUCAUGGACUUGUUUAUAUGACCUUUCAAGACCACAACACAUCAACUGGCCAUCUUCUCAGGAGAUUGACCAACAAAAGUAAAUUAUAGACUGACUUGGAAAACACUCCCAUGGACUUGAUCUUGGCAGUUAAUGGCAUACUGUCCUACAGUAUUAUUUAAAUAUUUCAUAUUGCUUACUUUUCUUUCUUUUUCCUCGAAGACUAGUUGGUCACACUGGAUAUGCUGCUCUUCUUUAUUUUGGGAUUGUUCGUACAUUUUGUGUUCUUCGGCUCCAUCUUCGAUAUUUAUUUUACCUCUCCUUUGGUUCAUGGAAUGACUCCUCAGUUCACACCAUUGCCUCCUCCGGCAAAAAGAUUAGUACUGUUUGUUGCGGAUGGCCUGCGGGCAGAUACGCUUUAUGAAUUAGAUGAAAAUGGAAAUUCGAGAGCACCAUUUAUUAGGAAUAUCAUAAUGCAUGAAGGCAGCUGGGGGUUAUCUCAUACCCGUGUGCCAACUGAGUCUCGGCCAGGUCAUGUGGCCCUGAUCGCUGGGUUUUAUGAAGAUGUCAGUGCAGUUGCCAAAGGGUGGAAGGAAAAUCCUGUGGAAUUUGAUUCUCUUAUUAAUGAGAGCAAGUACACAUGGAGCUGGGGAAGCCCUGAUAUCUUGACUAUGUUUGCCAAAGGUGCUUAUGGAGACCAUGUUUUUACAUAUACCUAUGGCGCUGACAGUGAAGAUUUUGGUGCCCAUGAUGUAACAAAACUGGAUACUUGGGUUUUUGAUAAAGUUAAGGAAUUCUUUCAUGCUGCCAGAAACAACCAGUCUUUGUUUUCUAAACUAAAUGAAGAAAAAAUAGUUUUUUUCUUACAUUUAUUAGGAAUAGAUACAAACGGACAUGCUCACCGACCAUCAUCAAGGGAAUAUAAGGACAAUAUUAAACUAGUGGAUGCGGGAAUAAAAGAAAUGGUGUCCAUUCUUGAACACUUUUAUGGAAAUGAUGGGAAAACGGCAUUUAUCUUUACCUCUGACCAUGGAAUGACAGACUGGGGUUCCCAUGGGGCUGGUCAUCCUUCAGAGACUUUAACUCCUUUUGUCACUUGGGGAGCUGGAAUCAAGUAUCCCCAAAAAGUAUCAGCUCAGAAAUUUGAUGAUGCAUUUUUGAAAGAAUGGAGAUUAGAGAGCUGGAAGAGGCAAGAUAUCCAUCAGGCUGAUAUUGCACCACUGAUGGCUUCUCUUAUUGGAGUUCCCUUUCCCCUUAAUUCAGUGGGCAUCCUUCCUGUAGAUUAUCUUAACAACACUGAUCUCUUCAAAGCAGAGAGCAUGUUUACAAAUGCAAUACAGAUUCUCCAACAAUUCACGGUGAAAAUGACUCAGAAAAAAGAAGUUACUUUACCGUUUUUGUUUAUACCAUUUAAGUUGCUUCCUGAAUCUAAACAGCUAAACAUUGUAAGAAAAGCAAGAUCUUACAUAAAACAGAGAAAGUAUGAUGAAGCAGUCUCCCUUUGCAAGGAGCUGAUUCAUCUUGCAUUGAAAGGAUUGUCCUAUUAUCACACUUAUGACAGAUUCUUCUUGGCCAUCAAUGUUGUUCUUGGUUUUUUGGGAUGGACAUCUUACGCUUCUUUGUUGAUCAUCAAGUCUCAUUUUAACCUUACUAGAGGUGUUAAUAAAGAAGUUAAGAAACCAAGCCACCUCCUGUCAUGUAGUUGUAUAGCUAUUGGUGUUUUUGUAGCAUUUUUCCUGCUGCUUCAAGGCUGUCCCUGGACUUAUUACAUAUAUUGUUUGUUGCCAGUGCCAAUAUGGUAUGCGGUUCUAAGAGAGUUUCAAGUUAUUCAAGACUUUGUCACAUUACUGUUGACCGUUCCUCCAAGUUAUUUUGUUGGAUACCUGUUAGUCUUUAUCCUGGGAAUUGAAAUAUUAGUUCUCAGUUUUUUCUACCGCUACAUGCUUACAGCUGGACUUCUAGCAUUUGCGGGUUGGCCAUUUAUCACCCAGCUAUGGACUCGAGCAAAGAGCAUCUCACUGAGUUGGAUUUUCUUCUCUUUGCUCCUGGCAGUGUUCCCACUGAUGCCCGUUGUAGGACGAAAGCCAGAUAUCUUUCUAGUAAUGGGCGCAGGCUUGCUGGUUCUUCUGCUAUCCCUGUGUGUUUUAACAUCUCUCAUAAAAAGAAAAGACAGUUUUAUAAAUGAAGAGCUAUUGUUACAUCUAUUUCAGAUGCUGAGCGUAGUGCUUUCUAUGUGUGUUAUGUAUAGCACCCACAGCAGUCUACGCAAGAAACAAGGACUGCCUCUUCUUAAUCAGAUCAUUAGCUGGCUAAUAUUGGCCUUUUCCCUCGUCCUGCCACUGCUGAGUCCCACAAGUCUCUUCGAGCGGUUGUUUAGCAUUCUUCUUUCCUUGAUGUCAACCUACAUACUGCUAAGCACAGGGUACGAAGCUCUCUUUCCAUUAGUAUUGUCAUGCUUAAUGUUUGUCUGGAUACAGGUGGAGCAAGAAACCCUGCAGCAACGUGGUAUUUCCUGCAAACAGAAGGUCACCAGUGUCCGGUUCACCUGCAGUACUGAUAUAACCCAGUUCCGACAGCUCUGUCUGGAUGACGUCCGGAGGGCCUUUUUCCUUGUUUUCUUCUUAGUGACAGCAUUUUUUGGAACUGGGAACAUAGCUUCUGUUAACAGCUUUGAUCUUGCCUCUGUCUAUUGCUUUCUGACCGUGUUUAGUCCUUUUAUGAUGGGAGCCCUGAUGAUGUGGAAGAUUUUAAUCCCCUUCGUUCUUGUGAUGUGUGCUUUUGAAGCAGUUCAGUUAACUACGCAGUUAUCAUCAAAAAGCCUUUUUCUCAUGGUUCUCGUCAUAUCAGACAUUAUGGCUUUGCAUUUUUUCUUCUUGGUCAAGGAUUAUGGCAGCUGGCUUGAUAUUGGAACAAGCAUCAGCCACUACGUGAUUGUCAUGUCCAUGACCAUCGUUCUGGUGUUUCUCAAUGGCCUGGCCCACCUGCUCAUGACAAAGAAACUCAGACUCUGUGGCAAACCCAAAAGCCACCUCAUAUGAUGUUGCCCAAGCCAUCAUUCAACCUCUGGAUCCUGCUUCCCAUUCUCCUUUUACACUAAACUCUUAUCAAGGAUUCAGUAAGAAAAUGGACAUUGAUAUACAGCAUAUUCUGCUCCUACAGAGAAAAAGACAUGCGGAAUUCUGAGUUUACAGGUUAUCUGCAAUAAAGGAGCUUCCAUUUUCUUGA